AUGUCUCAAGAAUCGCUCCCCAGUGAUACCGUCCACCCCAUCGAACCCGAGGUCAACGUCGACCGCCUAUGCACUGAAAUAACCGUCAGCUAUCUCAAUGGACAACUCAACCUCAAUCAUCUUGCCGCAGUACGCCGUAUAGAGGAGUACGCAUCGUCGACGCCUUCGGACGAGAUUCGGAGGACUUUUGCGUGGAAGAAAUAUGCCUCGAGGGGCCGUCACUCCGUCAGCUUCGAAUUCGGCAUGCCCCAACUCUCUUUCGUGUGCGAUCACGAUGCUCUGCUAGAGCUUACUCUUUUGGAGGCCAAAUUCCGUGUCUCCACUGAGCGGCGUACGCUGGUGGGCAACGACUCCAAAGUUGGCGACUACGAAAGCCGCAUCCACUUACUCGUGUUCGACUUGGAGCAUGCGAAGCAUGUCGAGUGGGAGGGUGUUGAUCAGGAACAUGCGAAGGAAGCAGACCUCGAACGGCAUUUCCUCUUGUACUUGCGCUACCUGCAAGCCGGUGGCCAUCACGUCCUCUUCUUCCCUCCGGAGUUCGACGAGGACGAUCUCCGCCCCAACAUCAACUUCUCUCUCACCACGGACUCUGAUAGCGUCAUUACCCUGGACUCGAUCCUUGGAGUCAGCACAGCGGCAAUCAACAACUACCUCUCGCUCAUGUGGUUUACCUGCGUCUUCAUGGCUCGCGCUCGCGGAGAAGCCAACCAAAUGGUGUGGGACGACAGGACGUUCCUCGCCGGCUUCAAGAGCUGGUUCAUCGCCCCUAACCGUCACUCUGACUGGCACUUCUCUGUUCGGUUCGGGAAGCCUCAAGUACGGAUUCUCUGCGCGCGCGAAAUCAUCCUGACCUUCAAUCUGUCGGAGGUGACGUUUUAUAGUCACGAGGAGCACCCCGAUCCAGCGACGCGGAACAAAGAGCCUGACUACAAAGGAUGGAAGCUGUCGCUCCUGCUUGAGGUUGACGUGUCGAAGACAGAUGUGAAGGUCAACACGAAUAGUAUUCACUACGGCGAACUCUUCUCCACUUACGAAUACCUGAAGGAGGAGCACAAACAAGCACAUGCCGAGUUCAUCCGGUUCUUCGUCGCUCAGUACAUCGAAGUGAUCAGGCGCACGAAGCUGCAAUACCUGUACAGGUGUCUCAUCGAGGAACACUCUCUCAUUCACCGUCGCACCGAAGCCGAUGGCAGCUGGUGGAUGCUUGAGUUCGGAGCGAGAGCCGGCGCCGGCGCUCUCGAUUCGAUGAUCAGAGGGACGAACAUGGGUGGCUUCGACCUCGUCAUGGCCAUCUCGCAGACGUCCAUCACCAACCAGAUCCGUGCACGCUUCCAGAAGGCGCGGGAGAUCUUCUCUGUGUGGAGCGGGGAUCAAGCUCAGAUCGAGGUCAAGAUGAUCACCGUGUCUCUUUUGCCCAAGUCUCGUGCCAUCGUCACCUUCACCGUUACUACGGCCUCAAUGGGUUCUGAGCUUCUUAAUGAUGAUUUGGAGCUCGAAGAAGUACCGGGUGGUCCACACAAUAUCGGCGAAUGCCGUCUGGCUUUCGAGGUCGAACUCAAAUCUUGUGCCCACGACAUGCUCCCGAACCCAGACUACACGGACAGGCCGUACUACGUGCCCGUGAUUGGCGCACAUUACGAGCACAUCUACCUUGACUUAAAGAGCGCGGAACCCAUCCCCGAGCGCUCGACGUUCGAAGAAGGCGCCCCGAUCGACGAGGUCGGGAAGCGGGUCCAGCUCACGCUCAUCCAUCAUCAGCGGCGGCCGGGACCGGACCCGCCCGAGGCCGCGACGGAGCAGAUCCUCUUCGUGCUCGGCAUGACGGGCGGUGCGGGGUUCCCCCGGCGCGAGUACUUCAAGCCGUCCCCGAACUGGAUCGUGCACUCGAGCACCGGCUUCUCGCACGGGACGUUCGCGGUGAACAAGCUCAUCUUCCGGAAGCGGCUCUUCGCGCUCCUCGCGCGUGUCAACGCGCUCACCACCCUCGUCUCCGUCUCCGCGACGGCGCAGAACAGCCGGGACGGCGCGAGCGUGGUCGAGCUCUGGGCGCGCCACCCGGAGUAUCGGGACAAGGAAUGCGCCUGGCUCACGGGCGACGGCACGGACGGGUCGACGCGCAAAAGUAUGAGUGGAAGCUCGACGCAGAACGAGCUCCUGAUGCCGGAUCUGGCGCAGCUGUCCAAAGGCUCCUUCGAGGUGAAGAUGUCUGGUACGACGUCGCUCCGCAUCUUCAGCGACGAGCGGAACAACAGCUGGAGCACCGAGUCCUCCCUCGUCUGGGAGAUCACAAUCUCGAUCAAGACCCAGUCGCGCGGCGCGGUCAAGGUCGAGAUCCUCGGCGCGGACAACAUCAAGCAGAGCGCGCCCAAGACCUCCAACUUGAACGUCGUCGCCGGCGACGACGUCCGCGACGCCUACGCCAUCCUCCGCGCCAACCUCCCCCGCGCCGACGAGUUCACCGCCGUCGGCAAGGAGCUCCGCGAGCUCGAGGGUGCCUGGAAGUACUACUACCCCGCCGCGAACCCCUUCACGCUCUGCUCCCCCACCUUCAACCACAGUGGUGACCUCCUCUUCGAGCUCCGCCGCUCCGCCGCCCCCGCCGCCACGCCCAACGGCCGCGGCCCGUGGACGCCCUCCUCCGGCAGCGGCAGCCCCGGCAGCGCCCGCUCCCACUCCCCCGCCCCCGGCUCCGCCACCACCUCGAGCCCGAGCGGGUCGUCCUCCCCAGGCGGCGGCCCCGCGCGCCACCCGCACCGCCCCGGCUCGCCCGCCGGCCACCGCGCGCCCGACCUGCGCCGCCCAGGCUCGCCCGCAGGCCGCGCCCGCUCGCCCGCGCCGAGCCGCUCGAGCUCGCCCGCCCCCGGCCAGCAGCGCGGGCGCGCGGGCGCAGGCCCGACGGGCGGUCCAGGACUCGGCGCGCGGGCGCAGACGCCGACGCGGGACGCGUCGCGGGUGCGCCCGCCGUUGGGCCGACAGACGACGGCGACGGGGGCCCCGCCGACGGGCACUGGCGGCGCCCUCCCGGGCAGUGAGCGCACGGAGCGGACUCAGCGGACGGAGCGGACGGAGGGAGUCAAGGAGGCGCUGCGGCGGUUUCGGAGGAGCCAGGUCUACGAGCCGUCGGUCGCCGGGCGCACGCCGAGCCUGGGUUACUCGCAGGACGAGUCGUAUUACGGGGGAUAA